CUUAAUGAUAUUAUCGAUUCGAUUCGACACAUGUUUGUAUACUCUUUGGAAUCGGGGCUACUGAUAGAUAGCUGUCAAAAUCAUAAAAAAAUAAAAAGGAUUGGUACUUGAUACACAAUGCCACUGAUUGAGGGUGUGGGAGAUGAGGUCGUGCAGUUUGUGAUAUCAGUGCUAUUAAUUAUAGUGGGUAUUCUAGCAUGGUGGUCAACCAAUGCUCGUCCGAACCGAUAUAGACCUGUAAUGAUGAUGAGAACUCGUACCAAUCAACCUAUAGGUGCCAUCAGCUUAAGAUCAAGAACAAAUUACUUACGAGCUACCAGAACUACCAGAACUGUUUCAUCAAGUGCUCGGAGCUCCUUGGUUGAGUCCCGCAGGGGUUUCUCCAGAGUUAUACCACUGUUGGAAAUGGAUAGCAUCAUAGAUGCGGACAUGGCUGUGCUUGAUAAUAACCGCUUGCAUUUCUAUAGGAAUAUUGAUACGACUUCUAAUAAUACACAAAGGCCUGUUGAGACUCAGGAACAAGAAACAGAGACCCAGGAAGAGAGUGAGCCAGCUAGUAAUGCUCAGAUAGCAGAAAUGGAUAGCAUCAUCAGCGCAAUGGAGGCAGAAGGAACCAAUGGUAUUGAUUUUUGUAAUCAAUGUGGUGGUAGUACUAGUUCAGAUACUGCUGAGAAGAAUGAAUCAGAUGAUUCAUCAAGUAGUUCAAAUACGAAUGUAUCAUUGCAGCAGGAUGGAAAUGUAGAUGCAGUGAACGCUGCAGAAAAUAUUACUGCAGAUACAAGUGAAAAUGUUACUGCACAAAAUGAAACUACUCAAAAUCCAACUGCGGUGAACGAAGGCAGUGAAAAUGCUACUCCAGAUAAUAUAAUUGCUGAAAGAGAUAGAAGAAAAAUACUUAUUAAAUUAAAGUUUCUAAAUGAUACGUUAAAAGAGGUUGAAGGCAGUCUCGAUGAACUAUUGAAGGAUUUCAAAUGGCGUCACUUCUCCGCGGAGCUGUCAGCGGAGUGCCGCGUGCGUCUGAUCUUCAACGGUCGCGUGCUGCUGGAGGAGACGGCCACGCUGGAGGCGUGCGGGCUGCAUCACCGCGCCGUCGUGCACUGUCUCGUUCAUCCUAAGAGGAACAAUACCCAGCAACGUGCAGCGGAGGAAGGCAGUGGCGUUGUACCGGAGGGGGGCGCGCGACCCGCGCAGGCGCAGACUGAGCGCGCCUGGGACAUGGAGAAUAUACUCAUGACCAUAGUUUCCAUCGCGCUCACUGUCGUCUGGUUCUUCAGAUGUGAGUAUUCGAACAUGUUCACUGCGAGCGCGAGCGUGGCUCUGUUCGGUCUGACCGUGUUCUACAGCGUGGCGAUAUUCGGCCUCUACCUCUCUGACACAUUCAUCGAGAGGCGCAACUCGGACACCCCCCUACCUCCCAACUAAACAAACUACUACAGCCGUUUGAACGCUAUUAUAGCUAAAACUGUAUUGCUUUUUGGACUGUAAAGUUUGUCCACCCAUUUCGUUGAAUUAACGGUCACAAUGCAAUUAUAUACCGACAAGGUUACCUGAACCGGUGGGCGUAAGUCAAACUAAUUGUGACAGCUCAGUAGCGCCCCCCUACAACACAAGAUUCUCUUUAUACUGUAGCUGUAAUGUCAUUUUCCAUGACUUGCGCAUUAUAUAUAUUAUAUCUACAGCAGCGCCUCUCACCGGUUCAUAUACCCUUGUUUGACUAAAGCUGUAAAACUUGUCACAGCCACAUAUAUAGGGAAAGUUUUUCUGUUUUUUGUACGAUAUUCGGUCAAAAGUGGGAAGCGAUAAUUCCUUUGCUUUAGGGUCACGCGUUGGGGUUACUAAUACUGUAUUAGGUUAUAAUGGUGACCUAAAUAACCGUGAAUAUGUAUCUCGGUAAUUUUUUUUCGAACGUUCAUAGACAAAAAAAUCCGUCUAAGAAUUAUUUUUACCAAAUAAAAAUUCGACAAAUAUGCUUCAGUUUUAAUUGCAAUUUAUUACAAAUGAAGUAAGAUUUUAGUCGAACUAGGGUUUAUAAACAUUUGAACGUAAAACGGAACAUGGUUUAUGUCAAACUUAUUUUGCGAUAGCACUAUAUUUAUUUCUACGCGGAAAUUUUAGAAAUAUGUAGUUGUAAUUAAAGUUAAAAUUAUCUGUUAUUUGUUUUAAAAUGGAUUGCUGAUAAAAUUCUUAGAAAUUCUUGUUUAAUUGUUAUGUUUCGCACUUUACUAAGUGAUAAAACAAUAUUACGUUUGUAUUCAAAUUCCUAAUUACGGAAAUAAUCAUAUUACAAUUUUUUUUACGACGAAACAUAUUUGUCAAACGUAGCUUCUUUUGUCUUAUUCUGUGUAAAUACCGUAAUAUUUUGAAAGUACCAUUUUCUAUAAUCUUUGUUGUUACAAUUAUAUGUUGUAUAUAUUGUUAGAACAAUAUAAUUAUUUUGAUAUAAUCUCUUUUUUCCAAAAAUAUUAAUUUUAAAUUAAAGCUAUUAUAAUCAAUGGUACAAAAGAAACUUUACUAUUCGAAUGAAACUUCACUCAAUAUGAAUGCUUAAGAAAACUAUAAAUUUUAUAAUUUAAAAAUGUUAGCGUGCUAUGGAACAUUCCAAAUAUUAUGUUUGUACUGCAAACAACUAGAUCGGAUAUUAAGAAAGAUGUCUAGAAUAGGCAACACUAGACAUUUUGAUGUUUCUUACUUGACUACAAAUAAAUUUAAUUCUACAGUAAGAUAACUUUUUUAAAAUUAAAAAAAAAAUCUUUUUUCGUAUGAGCAGCGAUACAUUCACCUUUUCUGUAUUAUUUCAUGUAAAAGAAAAAAAACUUUUUAUGUUUAAACAUGUGAAAGCUUACUUGUAUGCUAUGACGAAAAUAUAUUUAUAGUGCAGUUUAUAUUGUGAUAAUUACACAGUUAGGUGGCAACCCUUUUAAGUAAUGAAUCUUGUUCGUGCUGUGUCUUACAACAACUGCCACUAUGUUAUCAAAUUAUCUAAUACGACGCGGGCACAAUAACUUAAAAGUAAAUGCUUGCCUGCUUCCCGUGUUCUUGUGAGACGAUGUAAACGUCCACGUUAUACUAUAUGACGUCAUAAACUUUUGUAAUCUGUUCCCGAGGUAUUGUGUUAUUGUACUCGAGUAGUAUCUUUGAGGUAUAUGUUAGUGGUUUAUGAUAAAUUAUAUAGCUUAUUUAUUAAGACGUUUUUGUCAUUAUGCUUUCACUUGGGUUUGUGAUAAAUGCCUUGUAAAUAUUAUCAAAGAAACAUUGUUUUUUUAGGUAUAUAUCUCAGACCUAUGUAUUUUAUAUUAAUCACAUUGAAUCUAUAACGUGUCUCCAGUUAGCACAAUAAAUUAUACAUUUAAGUCUUGUAGCACUGUCCGGAGUUGAUUAGAAAUGUCUGAAACAUUCGGUGGUUUGUAAUGUUGGCGGGUUAUUUCAUAGCUUAGUCUGCCUUAAUAUUUGUAAAUAUAUGCUUUUUGUACGCCACGAGCUAUUAUUUGUUUUAAAUUUUUAGUUGAGUUCAUUGAUUGUUAGAAUUAAAUAAAGUUCCAUAAUAAUCGUA